AUGGACAUCAAGGACUUCCUGCGGCCGCUGCGUAUGGACGUGGCUACUGUCCAACAACUGUCGCACGAGUUUUACCAAAACUUUGAAUAUCUCGCCGCUGAAUCCCUGGACCAUGGUGGUACUAAUCUCAGAGUUGGCUUUAUCGAACUUCUGGGCAACGACAAGAACGUUGUUCUCCAUGACACCGGCAGCCCGAAUGGGGUGAACGGCAAAGUCGGCGGCCAACAGGACAGCCACGUCGAGUCGCCGAGACUCCGCAGAGUUUUGGAAAAAUCAUGGCCCAUUCUUGAGCACCUCAAGAACGAAAAGGCCGACGCGCUUUUCCAAUGGAUAGGCGUCCGCAUCGCAGAAGUAGUACGUGCAGGAUGCGAGCAUUAUGGCCUCCCUCACGACGAAGCUCUGCCUCUAGGAGUUACUUUCAGCUUCCCCAUGGUCCAACAAACUCUUUCAGAAGCGAGACUCAUGUCCAUGGGGAAAGGCUUCCAGAUCAAUUCGGAGCUUGACCUCGGUACUCGUUUGUCUGUGGGCUACGCUCAAGUGACUAAAGGCUUGAACUUGCCACCAAUCAAGAUCGUAGCUAUUGCCAAUGAUUCGGUUGCUACCUUGGUUUCUUUUAUUUACCAGGCUCAAGAAAGUGCUAGGCGAAAAGCAUCGAUGGGCUUGAUCUGCGGCACUGGAUGCAAUGCGACAAUACCUUUACGCAAGGAUACACUACAUCCUGGAAAAGUACCAGCAAAGGUUGGAGUAAGAUCUGGCGACGACAACGAGUACGUCAAGGUGGCCGUCAACACGGAAUGGACUAUCAACGGCACGGCACCCGCUUUAUAUAAGUUCGGCCUCGUGAGUACCUGGGAUAAGAGGCUCGACGCCGAAGGCGACAAGCCAGGUUUCCAGCCUUUGGAAUACAUGACAUCGGGCAGAUAUCUCGGAGAACUUGCUCGACUAGUACUUCUGGAUUACCUACACAGCCAGCAUGGCCAUGAUCUAGAAGCCCUUCCGGCGCGGUUACUACAGCGGUUUAGUUUAACAACUACGUUUUUAAGCCACUUCAAGCCUCUUCACGCAGUGAACCUCCUGCAAAAGCUCCAAGCAGAAUUUCCCGCACCAACAGCCGGUUUUCAGUGGACGGAGGACAUCGCACUGGCUCUGUACCAUAUUGCGAAAGCUAUCGAGGUCCGGGGAGCAGGUAUCAUCGCUGCUGCAACCAUGGGUCUUCUUGCCUGUGCUGGGGAUUUGCCUCUCAAGCGACCCCUUGAGGACACAACAAAUGUGUCGAAGCAAGAGCCCGAGCGCGGCGCCCCGGUUGAACUUGUAGUCGGUUACACUGGAGGAUGCAUUGUCCACUUCCAGGACUACUUGGUAGAUUGUCAGGAAUUUCUGGACCAGGCGGUCAAGGCAGAAUUUGGGGCUUCAUCUCCUGUGCGAGUUGUGUUGGAUGCCUGCCAUGAUAGCGGCAUCACGGGCGCGGGCGUCUUGGCCGGUUCUGCACUGGCGAGGACCAUGGGUGGCCAGUCGGGGACAAGUCAUUCGGGCAAGCAUGGCGCCGACGCUGCACACGAGCGUACGGCUCUGCUUGGUGCACAACCACAACGACAUGCAGGUCGUCAAAGUCGGUCGCUGAGCAGGUCGCCCGGCGGCUACCACUAUGAUACGGAAGAAGAUGAGCUCGACGAACGCGAGUCGGAGCUGCUGCUCGCACGCACGGCGUCCAUAUCCAGUGCCGGCCUGGCCCCGGAGACUCCCGAGGGUGCGAUGUUCCAGCAUCGCCAGCGCAGGAUGAGCACCACAGCGCCGGAAUCUCCCCUGUCGGAGGAGAGCGUAGACAUAGACUACGACGCCGAGGCCGCGGAAGCUUCAGGAGCAGCAGCAACACCGCUGCUCAGAGGCAAGCUCCAGAGCGAGUACCUGAUCAGCACCGACUACCGGCGCUUCGUGGUCAUCUUCCUGAGCAUCAUGCUGGGCAACUUCGUCGCCAUCUUCGACGGCACUAUCAUGGCCUCCUCCCACCCCGUCAUCACCUCGUACUUCCACUCCUCCAACAGCGCGUCGUGGCUGUCCACAGCGUUCCUACUCACCAGCACCGCCUUCCAGCCCCUGCUGGGCCGCCUGAGCGACUCCUUUGGUAGGAAGCCGCUCUAUGUCGCCACCAUGGCCAUCUUUGCCGCCGCCACGGCGUGGUGCGGCCUCGCGGAUAGUAUGGAGACUUUCAUUCUGGCCCGGGCUGUUUGUGGCCUUGGCGCUGGUGGUAUGAUGGCGCUGGGGACUAUUAUCAUUAGUGAUUUAGUACCCAUUGAACGCCGGGGAACAUAUCAAAGUUACGUCAACGUUGUCUAUGGGCUCGGUUCCGCCGCCGGAGCGGCACUUGGCGGCCUCAUGGCCGAUACGCUGGGAUGGAGAUGGGAGUUCGGAGUGCAAGUCCCGGCAAUUAUAUUGUGCCUCGUUGCCGCGAUCGCCUUGAUACCAGCAGAUAUCGGUCUGCUGGGAAAGAGAGAUACGUUCAUGGAAGCGAUGCGGGCCUUUGACUUCAAGGGAUCCAUCCUCCUAACCACAUCUACGACAUUUCUUAUCUUGGGCCUGAAUCUCGGCGGAAACAUUCUCCCAUGGUCGCAUCCUUUCGUCAUCGCGUCUCUGAUCAUCUUCAUCAUCUGCUUCCCAGCCUGUCUCUGGGCCGAAUCGAGGGCCAAGCUCCCAAUCAUGCCACUGGACCUUCUACGCAGCGCGCCGCGGGCCAACAUGAUCUUCUCCAACUUCCUCGGAUCGUUCCUGCUCAACGCCAUCCUCUUCAACGUACCACUCUACUUCCAAGCCGUACUACUCACGAGCGCAACCGAGUCCGGCGUCCGGCUCAUCGUGCCCCAGCUGACGGCGGCGGCCGUGGGGACGCUGACGGGGGUGCUGAUAACCUGGACGCGGCGGCUCAAGUGGCCGCUGGUCAUGGGCACGGGCAUGACGCUGCUGGGGACGGUGGUACUGAGCCUGAUGCGACGGGGUUGGCCGGCGUGGGCGUACCUGGCGUGCCUGGUGCCGGGGGCGCUGGGGCAGGGGUUCCACUUCCCGGGGACGUUCCUGGCGGUGCUGGGGGUGAGUGGGCAGAGGGAGCAGGCGGUGGUGUCGAGCACGCUGGUGCUGUGGCGGGCGCUGGGCUCGGUGCUGGGCGUCGCCUGCUCCAGCCUGAUCCUGCAGAACUCGCUGCUGGUGUUCCUGGACCGCCACAUCACCGGCGAGGCCGCCUGGAAGGCCGAGGUCAUCGCGCGGGUCCGCGAGAGCGUCGAGGAGGUCGCCAGGCUCGAGGGCGACGUCCUCGAGCAGGUCGUGCGCAGCUACGAGGCCGCCAUCCGGGCCACGUUCUUGUGUUGUGUGGGGUUGGCGCUGCUAAGUGUGGUUCUAAUCUUGCCGAUUCGGAUGCCGAGGCUGGGCGCGAGGAAAUAG